GCGAGCUGGGCCCGUAUAUAAUGUUGGCACAGGAAAUCGCACCGACUGAAAUUGGGAAACACGCAAAUAUUAUCAAGGCUGCACAGGAAGAACUUGCAAACAUGGAUGUGCUUGUGUGCGGUCGAUGUUUGAGAGCCUAUAAUUUUGUGGAAGAGUUUCAGUCCCACAAGGAGGAUGCAUGUGAGAAGGAGAACGCCAACUUGAAAGAGUCAUUGGAUACCAAACCAACCAUUUGGGCGUUUACAUUGUGGAAAGCUACCCAAUUGUACACACGGAAAGAUGCUUAUUCAGGCAAUUCAUGGGCCUUGUACCAACACUGGGUUAAAUUGGAGGACAGUGUCAGGGAGCCGUGGAUCGUAGCUGGGAAAACUAUACAGUCCUUCGGCAAGAUAGCUCAUGGGCAGCUUCAGGACAUGCCAGUGCGCAUAACGAAGACCGUUGUGAAUCCAAAUAAUAACGCCUCCAACAACAAUAUUGCCAACGUCUCGCCAACUAGAAAAUCCCCGGCCGGGAAGCUACCAACCAUAUCAAACCAGCUUAAGGACACUGAGAAUGAGCGACCGAAGUCUAAGCCGGGCACUCCAACGCCGUCAGUGACCCCUAGUGGAGCAGUCAAACAAAAUAACCGAAUAGCCAUUCGAAUUGAUUCGAAGACAGAACAGCGUACAGAAGAACCUGUUGAAAAAAUUGUGGCUAAACGCUUCAACCCACGACGGAAGACGCACGAGUAUUUAGUUAAAUGGGUGGAUCGUUCGCAUCAUGAAAACACUUGGGAGGUCAUGGCCAACCUUGAACGAGUUCCCUAUUUUCUACAGAUGUUCGAAAAGCAACUGGCGAGACAAAAGCUGACCAGGGAGAAAGGUCUUGAUGCUAUUAAGCGUAUGCAAUCACCAGUUUCUUCGUCAAAAUCAGAUUCUGUCGCUCCUCUAAGCCCGGUGCCGGCACAAUCCCAAAUAUCGCCAACCUCUCGACCUUCCCGCACUUCAAAAACUAAGGCAAUGGAUUCAUUUAAGCAAUGGGUCAAUGAAAAGGGUGGAGGGGACGGUUCGUCGUCGCCCUCUUCAGCCAAUGAAGAUGAAUCGGCAACUGAGCAAGAAUGGACUUCGUCAACGGGUCCCAUUAAGCGAAAAUUAGAUCGUACGGACUCCAGCUUGGAGGAAAGUGGUCUCAACGAUUCUAUGGACUUGGAGGAUUUGGAAGAAGAUUUGCCAUCCCACACCGUUAAGCGACUAAAAAACGGCGGAAGCUCCGUGCAGCUGAAUAAGCCACGUGUUCAGCUCACGGACAAGCUGCAGACUAAGGUCAACGGCAACUCCAAUUUAUCACAUCAAAAGAUGGGUGAAAUAAUAUAUACAGAGGACAGCACCAGCUCGGGAAUGUUCCGCAAGCCUGAAAUGCCAAAUACUCUUCACCUGAAAAAAGAGAAGACUGAGUGUCCAGUUCGCUAUCUAUCGCGCUCCGAAGUGGCUAACAAUUCGAGGGGUGUUUUUCGCGUGGAUAGCUCUGAAACCCCGUCAAACGCAUCCCCAGCUGCUAUACAACCUCAAAAAAACAGCUCGUUGGCUGCAAGCGGAGGAAUAGCUAAACGACUGCCCAUUGCUAGGCCCGCCCAUUCUGGUACCAACUCGCCCAUUACUGUUGGCCAACGUCAACAAGUUUUACGCACUCCGGGCUCUACUGCGACGGCCCAGCGGAGAUCAGCAGUUAGUGUUAAUCCAAAUGUGCGCCUUAACCAGCAACAAACUCCGGCCAGAGCUCACCCAGGUGGUCGCGUCUUGGCUCGUGCUGGAGCAGGAACACUUCAGCAACGACAACCGACAACUGCUAAAGCAGUGACUCCUGAGCAAAAGAUUUUACAAUUAUCGAAGUCUGGCGAUCUAAAGGUAACUCGAAAAGUGGUUACCAGAGAAGAGUUGAUCGCGCAACGUGCUGCACAAGCCCGUCAGCGGCAGCAGCAAUCCCAGGCUCAAAUACAAAAGUUGACGGCAGGCCGGCAGCGGGUUGCUUCUAAACCAUUAAGUCAACCUACGUCUGUGCCAAUGGAGAUGGAAGAGGAAGUACAGCACCAGGCUCAGCUGUGUCCAAUUACAGGGAAACUUAUUGGUCAGGAAGAGACACAGUUGCAAAUGGAGCAGGAACAGCAACAAGAGCAACAGCGUGAGCAACUGGAAGCUGCGGCGCAGGCCCUUCUAAGUGGUGAACAACAGGUUCUUACUAACGAAGAUGGAUCUGCCCUGCUUGUUCGGGGCGAGGACGGAACUGUUUAUCAGGUGGCGGGCAAAAAUGCAGAAGGUCAGACCAUUUUGGUCACUCAGGGCCCCGACGGUGAACAACAAUUUGCAUACGUAGCAUCUGCUGAAGGAGAAGAUCAGGAUGUCCUCUCCCUGGAUCAUGCAGUGGCUGAGGCCGUCCACGCAGGUGAACAGGAGGAUUCACAAAAUGCCGUUACUGGAACGGCUGACGGGGAGCAAAUUCUCGUGUCCAUGACUGAAGAAGAAUUGGCGCAACAUCAGGCAGCAGUGCUUCAACAGGCGGAGGCUGCCACAACUGGAACAGGAACGCCAGCUACAGCACAAAUACAUAUAACUACUUCUGACAGCGACGGGACGGAAGCCCAGAUACCGGCCGAAGUUGUUCAAGCUGAUUUGCCAUCUCCUGGAGGUACACGCCGCGUCGUGUUGCUACUUCAGGAUGGAACCUUUAUGAUGACAGAGAUGCAUGAAGAUCAGUUCAAAACAUUGAAUAUCCCGACGUAGGAACUUGAUAAUAAUCUCCAAAUAAAUAUGUAUAGAUUGGUCAAUUUCCCACCUCCCGUUCGUGUAGUCGAAAUCAUUCCCACAUUGCAGGCCAACAUGCCAUUUAUACCUUUAUUUGUGUUAAAUUCACAUCAUCUUGACCAGAAGACAUUGCGGAAAACCUAAUUGCAACAUUAGGAACAUAGGAAGUAUCGAUGGAGUUUGCUGCCAAUGAUGACUAAUGAUGAUUGGUUAUUGAUGACCAAUAAAUUUGGCGAACAAUAAAAUAACAUGAUUGAA